CAAAAUCGUUCUGUGAACACCCUUAGUGUCAAAUAUAAACACUCUUAUUCAUUUUUGUAUAAAAACAAUUCGUUUUAUAUAUAAUAUACAAAUGGAUAGAUGCAAAAAUGGAUAGAUGCAUAAUUACGUAUUAAAUACUUGUUUUUAACAUUUGUUAAAAAAAAAUAAAGAGUUAUAAUAUAUUAUUAUCUGUAUGGAUUGUAUAAAUAAUAAUGGAAAUAUAAGUGAAAUAUAAAUACAAGUCAUUUCAGAAACCUAAAUAUUGCAUGGUUUUAAUAAUAAUUCAUUAUUCAAAUGGCGUCUUUUUUGUAUCUUUGAGUUGAGUAUACAAAUAGAGCUAUUUUUUUUAUUGAAGUAUUUUUUAGGAAAUACAUGCAAGUCCUAGUUGAGUACAUAAAUAUAGUAAAUAAAAUUAAUUAAAUAGUAUUAUUAGAAUCAGUAGCUGAAUAUUUAGAAUAAUUAUUUUGUUAAUAUCAUUAUAGCCAUUAAACAGUAAGUCAUUAAACAUUAUAAAAAAUGUUUCAAGAAGCAAAAGGUUGAAGUACGUGAAGAUGAGGAGCAAAAAGUUAAAUUUGAAGAAAUAAUAGAAAUUCUGAUUAAAGCUGGAUAUUAUAGAGCGAGAAUAAAAGGUCUACCAAAUUUUGAUAAGAUUAUCGGAGGAAUGAUAUGGUGCAUUGAGUCAUCUUCCUUUGGUGUGGAUAUACAUCUUCUUUUUCAAGAAAAUCUUACUAUAGGACAAAAAAUGCGAGAACACCAACCAUCACCGCGACCAGUGACUUGUGGCUGCUACCACGGACAGGGCAACCUGCUGCCGUAGGUGAGGAUGUGACCAGCCCUCAAAAGUGCUUCCAACCACGCGUCCCUGCGCCCACCAAGUUACUCAGGCGGCGCUAUAGUGAGGGCUGUCCCCGUUCCCGAGACGUCGGGGCUACAUCGCACCUUAUAACCUGGAGAGCUUUGACGGAAAAAAUAGUUGCUGUGUUGCCAAAAAUGAAUUGCCCUUACCAAAUUGAACCUCAUCAAAUUCAAGGAUUAGAUUGUAUUCAUAUUUUUCCUGUUAUAAAGUGGUUAAUAAAGCAAUCUAUAAAAACACGUGAAGAAAUGGCUCAGAAUGUGCGUUUAUUCGCAAUAAAUCAGUUUCGUACAAAAUAUAAAUAUACUCCAUCAAUGAGCAAAGUCAUUGAGCACAUUAAAUUAAUAAAGAAAACUUAUAACCCACGCCGAUGUUUUAAACAAAAACAGAUUAUACUACAAGAUGAAUUUUCAAUUGUUCGCAAUACAAUUCUUGAAUACGGAGAAGUUUUACAAAUUCCGCAAAGCGCGUUUAAUUUAUUGCAAGAAAUGGAGUGUAAUAUCUCUUUGCAAGAUACAGAAAUCACAAAAGAGAUAGUAGAACAAACAAUUCAAGAAAAGAGUAAAUCGGAAGAGUUAAUGAGGAACCUAUCUACAUUCGAAGAUGAAUCGAACCAUUUAAGCUGGAAUUUUGUUGAGAAAUUUGUAGACAUUCAAGCUCGAGAGAUUGAUAAAGUAACCAACAAAUCUGCAUCUUCGUGUUCACAAUUCGAGGAUUAUAAGACCUCAAUAACGACUUUGUUGAAGCAAAUAUUUAUUUUGAAGAACAAAAUAGAAAAAUUGAUUCAAGAUAAAUUAGGUUUAAACAGAGAAGUGCACCAUGUAAUGAAUCACUUGUAUGAAAUACGCAAUAAGAAAAUAGUUAUGAAUUUUCAAAUAAUCGAAAAUCUUGAAAUGCACCAAAAUAAAGAGUUAUUAAGAAUGAUGGAAGUACUUUUAAUAAUUUAUGAUGGUUUAAAGAAUCAAGAAAAUAAAUUUCGAGAACGGUGUCGCAUCAAUUUACUUACGCUUAAAAAAUUGUCGGAAAAUACGCAAAAAGAACAACCGUAUAAAGAAAACAAUUUCGCUUUGGAACAUGAAAAUCAAAAGGUAGUCAUCAACCAAUUAAGAUUACAAUUAGCAAGGAAAAAUCGCUUGAUUGCAACUUUAACAAGACAAUUAGAUGAUGUUCCCUGCAGAUCUGAACUGUUUCAAUAUCAGCGACGUUUUAUGGAAUUAUAUAAUGAAGUAUCUACUAAGCAUAAAGAAACAAAACAAUAUUAUACUCUGUAUAAUACUUUGGAUGAUACCAAGAUUUACUUGAAUAAAGAAUUAUGCUUACUUAAUUCCAUACAAGAUAGUUACAAUCAAGCUCUGGCAUACAACAAUGGUAGAGAACAGUUUGUAAAACAAUUUGAAUUGAUUGUUGAAGGUGUUCAAAGGAAUAAAAUCAAGAUACAAAAUAGAUGUGCCGAAGGAAAGAGUCGACGAGAUAUAUGUAGUCAACAGCUUACAAUUUUAAUGGAUCAACAAAGAAAAUAUAUUGCAGCUGUUAGAGAACUCACAACUGCAUGUCGUGAAAAUGAAACUCUCUUAGCUCAACUUCGCAGAUUAUAACAAAUUUGAAAUUAUUUUCUGUUUAUAUAAGUAAUUUCAUGAUUAUUCAGGUUUGUUGAUGCAAUUUUUGAUUCUCAACUUUGAUUAAUAAUGUUUUUAACUACUAAUUGUAUA